CAGAGCAGGGGCGUGGCGGGGAGGGGGAGCCCAAUCGGAGCAACCAGCCUCGACCACUCUGCCGGUGAUCGGGUUGGUGCUGCAGCAGCAGCAGCAGAGGGAGGAAGGGUGGGGGCAGGGAUCGUGCGGAUUCCCCUGCUUCCUUACUCAAUCUAACGCUGAUUCUGCUGUCCCUGCUCUUUAACCCGUUCUCGGUGGACCGAUCGCGUGGUUGCUACUGCUCGUGAGCGCCGACUGAAUGAACACACAGAGAGAGAGAGAGAGAGAGAGUCCAUCUGCGCAUCUGCAAGAGCCUUUGCAAAGCCUCUACUUGGAUCUGCCCAAGCUGGAGCCCUUACAAGAAUUGCAGUCACUCAAAGCGCCCGUGAACGGAGGACAGAUCCGGUACCGAUCCCCUUCCUCGGUGGAACUUGAAGGUCAGAAUCAGACGAGCCCUAGUGGCAGCACCAGCGUCUUCAACAACAACGGCCAGGAGGAAAAGAUGAAGAGGACAAGGCAGGAGUCCUUGAUGGACAAGAUGUACAGAUUCAGAGGCGUCAUUCUCGUCAUCUCCGUCCCGCUUCUCCUAGUCUCCCUUGUUCUUCUCUUUAUGCCGCGCGUCCCCAAUGCCAUCGACAUGGUGGAUGUAGAUUCCGACUUCUCUUCUCGGACCGUGCGGGACGCUAGGAAAGUGCAACCAUCGUCGAAGUGGGGAGGGGGAUCUAAGCGUUAUGCCGUCAUCUUUGACGCCGGAAGUUCUGGAAGUAGGGUGCACGUCUAUUGCUUCGAUGAAAGUCUAGAUCUCGUUCCCAUCGGCAAGGAUCUCGAGCUCUUUGUUCAGAAAAAACCAGGCUUAAGCUCAUACGCAAGUAACCCAAAGGAAGCAGCAGAUUCCUUGAAGUCCCUCUUGGAGAAAGCUCAAAAUGUGAUCCCUAAGUCACUCUUGAAGAAUACUCCAGUCAGAGUUGGGGCGACUGCUGGGCUGAGAGCAUUGCCAGGUGAUGCAGCUGACAAGAUUUUACAAGCCGUCCGUGAUUUCCUAGCAGCUGAAAGUUCGUUCAAGUUUAAGCACGACUGGGUCACUGUUAUUGAUGGAACCCAGGAAGGUUCAUUUCAGUGGGUUACCAUAAAUUAUCUGAUGGAUAAUUUGGGAAAGGACUAUGCAAAUACAGUUGGAAUCGUUGAUCUUGGAGGUGGAUCUGUCCAAAUGGCAUAUGCUAUCCCAAAGAAGGAAGCUCUGAGUUCUCCAAAAAGCUCGGAUGGGCAGUAUUCUUAUGUCAAGGAGCUCUUUCUUAAAGGAACCAAAUAUUAUCUUUAUGUUCACAGCUACUUGCAUUAUGGAUUAUUGGCAGCUCGGGCAGAGAUUUUGAAAUCUGUGAAAAGCACUGGGCAUCCAUGUGUUCUGAAAGGUUUUGAUGGAUCAUACAACUAUGGUGGAGUUAGCUUGAAGGCAUCCGCAUUGCCAUCUGGAUCAAGUUACCAGGACUGCAGGUUAGCUGCUAAGGCAGCCCUUAGGGUCAAUGAAACAUGUACUCAUCUGAAGUGCAGUUUUGGUGGCAUAUGGAAUGGUGGUGGUGGAGAUGGCCAAAAGAGUCUUUUUGUUGCAUCAUUUUUCUUUGAUAGGGCUGUGGAGGCAGGCUUUGUUGAUGCUAAUCAUCCUAUUUCAAUGGUUAAACCUGAAGAUUUUGAAGUUGCAGCUAAAAAAGUAUGCAAAACCACUCUUAAAGAUGCUGCGGAUGAGUAUACAAAGGUUGAUGAGAACCACCUGCCUUAUUUAUGUAUGGAUCUAGCGUACCAAUACACGCUGCUUGUUGAUGGCUUUGGCUUGCAUCCAUCAACAGAGAUAACAUUGGUGAAGAAGGUGAAGUAUAAAGACUCAUUGGUAGAAGCUGCAUGGCCAUUAGGUAGUGCCAUAGAAGUCAUGUCAGCAUCCUGAGCUACACACUCUGGCUCGUACCUUCUUGGAAAUAUUUGUUUGCGUUGAACUAAUUUUGGGAUCUGUGUAUAUUGGGCAUGGCUGUGGGUGGAAAAUGUUGCUCACAUUGGAGAGCGAUAUUCUUUCUCCUCCAUUAACCUGCAGCGUGCAUGUGAGGGUAAAAUAAAGUGCCUUCCGUUGGGUAAUCCAUCUUUUAUUUUUUAGCUUGCUAAUAGUGUUAGAAGUUUACAUACUUAUGGCUGCUGAGCGAGGAAUCUGACUUGAUCCUUUGCAGCCUUCUGUAAUUUUGAUGCUGAGAAAACUUGGGCUUAAUACUUGCAGAGCAAACAUUUGAGAGAAAAAAGAAGGAAAAUUCAAGGCCUA